AUGGAUCAUCGCAAGAGGGGGAGGUCUGAAGCUGCCUUCAAUGUCAAUGGCGCCGCCAAGAAAUUCAGGCCAGAAACGGACUCCGUUCCAACUGGUUUAGGAAGCAAAUCGAAGCCAUGCACAAAGUUUUUCAGAUGUGCAAUUAUUCAGACUAGUCUUCCAAAGGUCACCUCUGGUUGUCCAUUUGGUGAAGGAUGUCAUUUCCUGCAUUAUGUUCCUGGUGGCUUCAAAGCAGUCUCUCAGCUGAUCAAUGUUGGUAGCAAUCCCGCCAUUCCCCAUGUUGGAAGAAAUUCAGUUCCACCAUCCUUCCCAGAUGGGUCUUCUCCCCCAGUUGUUAAAACCCGAUUAUGCAACAAGUUUAAUACGGCUGAGGGUUGCAAAUUUGGUGACAAAUGUCACUUUGCCCAUGGCGAGUGGGAGCUUGGCAGGCCCACUGCUCCAUCAUAUGAAGAUCCCCGUGUUAUGGGACAAAUGCCAAGCAGCAGGAUAGGUGGACGUAGCGAGCCGCCACUUGCUGCCAGCUUUGGAGCUUCAGCCACUGCAAAAAUUAGUAUCAAUGCUUCACUAGCUGGAGCAGUCAUUGGAAAAAGUGGUGCUAAUUCAAAGCAAAUUUGUCGUGUAACAGGAGCUAAACUUGCCAUAAGGGAUCAUGACACGGAUUCUAACCUUAGAAACAUCGAGCUUGAAGGCAGUCUUGAUCAGAUCAAACAAGCAAGUGCCAUGGUACACGAACUUAUUUUAAAUCUUAGUUCUGCAUCUGGGCCUCCAAUGAAAGGCUUUACUACACAGACUUCUGCUCCGUCAGGCAACUUCAAGACCAAGCUCUGCGAAAACUUUGCUAAGGGUUCCUGCACUUUUGGGGACAGGUGUCACUUCGCACAUGGAACUGAUGAUUUGCGCAAGACUGGAAUCUGA